UCUGUUUGUUCGCUUCUUCUUCUUUCUCUACUGGUUUGCUCUGUUUGGUAGAUUUAUGAAAAAGGUGUUUUUUUUUGUUUUUGUUUUAAGCAACUUGUUUAGUUUCUGGUUCAACUGUCUCUUUUUAUGAUCUCUCCGUGUCUGUUCUGUUCUUCGUUUAUUAGGGUUUAGAUUUUUUUUUUGGAAAGUAUCUCUGUUUAUAGUAAACCUACUUGAAGCUGAAUCAAGCUUAAUUGGAUCAUAUGAUUUUGCAUGACUUGUCCAACAAAUUUUAGUACACAAGAGUUUAUAAAGGCUUGAGAGUAUUGAUGUAGGUUUGUAACCUAAAGAAUGGGCUGCUGCUGCUGCUGUUUCCCUAUCCUACCUGAAAAUUUAAGAGGUAUAGAUGAGAAUGUUCCUUUAUCUCGUACCUCUCCUUCCUCUGUGGUACCUACUGGAUCAGUAGAUAGAAACUUGGCCUCUAAUCUAUACACUGCACCGCUUCAACCUCCUCUUCCUGUAUCAUUCUCGCCGAGAAAUCCGUCGAAAUCGCCAACAACUCAGAGCAAUCCGAGCCAAGAAGCUAAACGCACUCUUCCAGAGAAGCAAACAUGGCAUGUUGGUGAUCAAAGUGAUAUUAAUCUAAAGAAAAAAGAUCGAGAAACCAUCGACGAAUGUCCAAUUUGCUUAGAAGAAUAUGAAACAGAGAACCCGAGACUGCUCACUAAAUGUCGCCACGAUUUUCAUCUGGCAUGCAUUCUUGAAUGGAUGGAAAGAAGCGAAGCUUGUCCUGUUUGUAACAAGGAGUUGGUACUCCCUGAGUCAUAAUCAAGACACAAGAAACAAAGAGAAUGGAACAAGAAGUGUGAAGACAAGGUACAUAAGAUUUGAUUUAGACUAGCAUUAGGUGAUAGUGUUGUGGAACAUGAUGAACUUUGUUGCUUUACAUUCAUAAGCUUUGAAUUCUCCU